GCAGUCGCCGAAGAGUUCCGAUGUGCGCCUGCGCGGCGCUGAGUGCUGGCGGGCAGUUUGAAUUUCGCUCACGGAGUCGCGCGUCAUCCUUCGGCCGAGAGGCUGGUGUCCGCUGCUGGCGGUCGAAGGCUUAAAGGAUGUCCUCCCCAGAUCUAGAACAAUUAUGCUCUCAUAUUAAUGAAAAGAUUGGCAAUAUUAAAAAAAUGCUGUCAUUAAGAAACUGUGGUCAAGAACCUACCUUGAAGACUAUGUUAAAUAAAAUAGGAGAUGAGAUCAUUGUAGUAAAUGACCUUCUAAAUAAGUUGGAACUUGAAAUUCAGUAUCAAGAACAAACCAACAGUUCACUCAAGGAACUCUAUGAAUCCCUUGAAGAAGAUUAUAAAGAUGUGGAACAUCUCAAAGAAAACAUUCCUCCCUAUUUGCCUCAAGUAACAGUAACCCAGAAUUUCGUUAAUGUAUCAGAUCAUGACCCUGAAGAACCAGGCAAAAGUGAGGAACCCCCACCCACAAAGAAGCCCCCAAAAGAACAAAGAGCUAUUAAAGAAAUGUCAUUUAUAACAUCUGAUGAGUUUAAUGGCAUUCCUGCGUACAUGAAAUCUCGUUUAACCUAUUGUCAAAUUAAUGAUGUUAUUAAAGAAAUCAACAAGGCAGUUGUUAGUAAAUAUAAGAUCUUACAUCAGCCAAAAAAGUCCAUAAAUUCUGUGGCCAGAAAUCUCUAUCACAGAUUUAUUGAUGAAGAAACGAAGGAUACCAAAGGUCAAUAUUUUAUAGUGGAAGCUGACAUAAAGGAGUUCACAGCUUUGAAAGCUGACAAGAGGUUUCAUGUGAUACUGAAUAUUUUACGACAUUGCCGGAGGCUAUCAGAGGUUCGGGGAGGAGGACUUACACGAUACGUUAUAACCUGAGGCCCGUUUGAGCUUUUGAACCAGCCAACAGUAGGAUAUAGAGGCUAUUCCUAUGGUUUCUUUACAUGUAGUAUCUUCAUAUAUAAUUUCUUCAGCUUUUUCAUUUUCUUUUCUAGCUUCUUAUAAAAAUAAAACUUUUUCUUACAUAAAGCAUAUACAUUUUUAAAUUCACUUUCUUUCAGCAAAUAUUUAAUCACCUGCCAUAUGAGCCUCUGUGCAAGGUGUAUAAUGGCACUAAAAAUGUUCAUGUCUAGUUUUUGUAUCUAGUGACAGUGGUGCAGAGCUAAGUAAGAUGGGUGUGGAUGUGAUAAUGGAUGAAAAAGGUCAGGAAUAUAAGGUCAAGGCUCUUUGAAAUUAAAGGCCAUUAGUGUCUAAAUUCUAUCCAUGGCAUUUCAGUCCAGGCAAAAGUUGGAUUUGGUGGCAGCCCAUCCAUGUAAUUAUUCUGCUUUCCCAUAUGUCACUGGAAACAGCUUACCUGAAAUGCAUUCAGUAUAAAGCUAUCUGUAAAUAUCAACCUGUAAUGAAAUUGUAAUAAAAGUUUAUUGAGAUGAAAAAGAUGAUAAAAUAGCAUGUGUAAACAGAUUGAUAGAGGUCAUGGAAAAUGGACGGUUGGAUUGUAAGAAGUUAGCCAUGUUUCUCUUCCACAUAUGGGGAGACUGUCUGGUCUGUCUUAGGCAGAAUUUCCAGAGAAACAACCAAUAGGAUGCAUAUAUAAAAAAAGAUUUAUUAUGAGGAAUUGACUCAUGUGGUUAUGGAAGUUAAGAAGUCCUCCAAUGUCCAUCUAUAAGCUGGAGACCCAGGAACACUGAUGGUAUAAUUCAGUCUGAGUCUGAGGUUCUGAGAACCAGGGGAGCCAGGCUUGGGGAGGUGACAUGAGAUAUUGCAGCUCAGAAGUGAGUCAGGGGAAAGGAGUGAAUUCCUUCUUUACCUUUUGUUCUACUUAGGUCCUUGAGGGAUUGGAUGAUGUUGGCCAACAUGGGCUCAGCCCACCACUGAGUCUACUGAUUUCUAAUGUUUCAUCUGGAAACACCUUCGCAGACACGUCCAGAAAUAAUGUUUAAUCUGGGCACCCUGUGGUGGGUCAAGUUGACACAUAAAAUGAACCAUCACAAUCUAUGUCUGCCAUCUGCUUGGCAGUCUGAUUCUUGUAACAGAAAAAAAAGUAUCUUACAGGCCCAGUGGCUUGAACACCAUCACUGUAAUAAUGACCACAGAAUACAUUAUGGGUACUGCAUAUUUAUUGUUAUCCUUUCUCCCUAAUUUAUAUUCAGGUAUGUUUAAUUUUUCAUGUCUUGCUUUAAAGGAAAGUAAUGGCAUUAUCCUUUACUAAGUCUUGCUUGAUUUUUCUGACUCUUUUUUCCCUAUGAAAAAUGUUUUCUCUGUUUAAAUUAUUUCUUCCUAAAACUCAUAUUGGCAACUGUGUGCAUAAGUUUAAUUCUUAUCCAAGAGAUACUGAAGUGAACAGUUGAGUCUUUAUUUUAAUUGUUAGCUUGUAAUCAAUUUGUUACAUUAACUUAGGCUUUACUGUUGGUAAAAUAUUCAAAGAAUAAUAAAGACAUUA